AUGGCAUGCGCGUUCCCCAUAUUAGCCGUCAGCUUUCCAGGCCUGCGUAUCCCUGCACCAUUUUUCUUCGCGAUUCGCCAUUUCGGCACCGGGGUGCUCAUUGCGACCGCCUUUGUGCAUCUGCUGCCCACCGCCUUUACCCUCCUCGGGAACCCGUGCCUCCCUGAUUUCUGGACAGACAAGUAUACCGCAAUGCCUGGUGCCAUGGCCUUAGCGGCUAUCUUCAUGCUGAUGCUCGUCGAGAUGAUAUUCCACCCUUCUCGUCGUCAGCAGCCGGCAGCUAACCGUGGUGGUGUUCGUGGUGAUCCUCUGCCCCCGACCGAGGCUACAAUCCCUCCUAGGAUCAUGGGCCCUUUGGCUGGCAGGUCAACAAGCAUCGGUCGAAGCUUGUCACAAAUCGACCGCCAGGACGAAGAGCGGCAGAUCACCGAGGAGCAAAAGCUGCGAGACGAAAAGCGACAAAGGGACAUUAUGCACUGCGUCAUGCUGGAAGCUGGGAUUCUGUUCCAUAGCGUCUUCAUUGGCAUGGCCUUGAGUGUUUCCAUCAACAAUGAGUUUGUCGUACUGCUUAUUGCUAUCGCGUUCCACCAAACGUUCGAAGGGACACCAUUCGGUCAAGCUAUCGGUCUUGCAACCCACUCGUUUUACAACCAGGACUCUGAGGUCGGACUUCUGCUUGUCGGUUCUAUGAAUGCAAUCUCAGCGGGGCUGCUCACGUUCCAAUCUCUCGUCGAGCUGUUAUCCGAGGACUUUCUCAGUGAUAAUAGUUGGGAGGUUCUUCGUGGUCGACGUCGUGUCUACGCUUGCCUGAAUGUUUUCAUGGUAUCCAACGGCCUCGCAGCAGCGGAACCUGUCAGCGGCAACACAACUCAGCAGAAGUCACCGAUCAAGUUGGACAUUAUCGUAGUGGGCGCAGGUAUCAGUGGUCUCGCGAGUGCGAUAUCAUCAGCACAGUCCGGUCACAAUGUAACGGUGUUUGAAUCAGCAAAGGAGCUCCUCGAGGUUGGUACAAUCAAAGCUCACGUCACUGCUCCCCAUUCUCGAAGCAUGGCCAUCCGAUGGGGCCUAUCAGACCGGCUGUGGAGAGAAGCCGCGGAGCCCACCGCACUCACAGUGCAUCGGUACACGGGCAAGGUCCUCGCGCACGAGGACAACUUCCACAAGAACAUCCGGAAGAAGUACCAGGCGCCCUUCCUGGACAUGCACCGCGUCGACCUGCAGCUCUCCCUGUACGACAAGGCCAAGGAGCUGGGGAUCGGGUUCCACCUCGGCGAGAAGGUCGACUCGAUCGACUUGGAGCAGGGCGAGGUCGCGACCGAGUCCGGCAAGAAGGCGAAGGCCGACAUCAUCGUCGCGGCGGACGGCCUGUGGUCAAAGUGCCAGACGUGCUUCCUGGGCAAGCAGGUGCCCCCGCUGCCGACGGGCGACCUGGCGUACCGCGUCGUGCUCGACCUGGCGCAGGUGGCCGACGACCCGGAGCUGAGCGCGUGGGUGAGCAACCCGACGGUGCACUUCUGGAUCGGCCCCGGCACGCACGUGGUGGGCUACUCGAUGCGGGCGGGCAAGAUGUACAACCUCGUGUUGCUCUCGCCUGACGACCUGCCCGAGGGCGUGAGCCGCAAGCCGGGCAACCUGGAGGAGAUGAAGGCGUAUUUCGCCGAGUGGGACCCUGUCUUGAGACGAUUCCUGGAGAAAGUCGACGGCGUGGAGAAGUGGAGGUUAAUGCACAGGGAAGAGUUGCCAUCUUGGGUCAAUGACAAGUCAAAUCUGGUUUUUGUUGGCGACUCGUGCCACCCAAUGCUUCCGUAUCUUGCUCAGGGCGCAAAUUCUGCAGUGGAGGAUGGAGCCGUCUUGGGCCAGCUUCUAGGGCAUAUCAACACCAAGGACCAAAUCCCCCAAGCUCUCCGAUUGUAUGAGAAGCUGAGAAAGGCAAGAGGAGAUUCCAUUGUCAGGGAGACCUUCAAACAGCGACAUGACUUCCACAUGCUAGAUGGCCCUGAGCAGGAGGCUCGUGAUUCUUUGUUUCUGUCUACUCUGGGUAAAGAGCUGAAAGGACCGUUCCCAAGCAGGUGGACAUGCCCAGAAGUCCAGCCAUGGUUGUAUGGUUACGACGCGUUCAAGGAAGUGGAGGAUGCCGUCAAGCAGGAGCCAUUCCUUUGA